AAAGAAUACUGGCUAACUUUUUGAAGGAGAUUGAGGGAGCACAGCUCCCGCUUUGUGCCGCCGCCUAUGCACCUGAUGCGGAUAUGCCACAAUUGAGGGUGUAUUUAGAUUACUUUGUCUUGCUUCUUUUGGUUGAAGUCAUGAGCGACGUUUCCAAUGCCCAGGCAGGCCAAUUUGAUUUGGAUGACAUGAUCAACCUCUUGAAUACUUGUUCCGACAAUGAACCUUUCGACACAUCUAAGCAAGAAGACCCCUUGGUACAUCUCGCUGCAAAGUUUGCAAGGAAAUGCUUCCCUCCUCUUUCUGCCUUAUAUCGUUAUGAUGCAACUCAAGGUACCAUUUUGUACCUUCAAGCAGCUGCACAGGAAAAUCAUGAUCGCAUGAACACAUCAACCUUCACAGUAGACUCGUACCUUGCUCACCGCCGCAAAGUAGUAGCCAUACAUCCUGUUAUUGCUUUCAACCGGUGGAUGUCCCAAGUUAAGCUGAGCCCCGAGAUCCUGCAAACACCGGCUUUUGAGGGCCUACUGGAGUCGACAAUUGAUCUGAUUGCACUUCCCAAUGAUCUGAUUUCCUACAAAAAAGAGAAAUCACAAGGAGAAGACAUCCACAAUCUUGUAUCGGUAGCUAUGGUUGAUCCUGCCAUUCCAGUGAAGUCAGGAGACAUUCAGGCUGCACUGGAUUUUGCAGGUGUUAAAAUAUCAGAGGCUUAUCUUCGCUUUCAACAAUGCAAGCUCGAUGCAAUUGCACAGACCGCGCCUGGCGAUUCUGAAACGCGGUCAGAGAUAAUGCGCUAUGUAGAUAUUUUACUGAAGACCAUUGAUGGGAACAUUGUAUGGCAAAUUGAUCCUAGGACGGUACGCUACCAGGUCUUUGAGACCCCCGAAGAGCGCGCGCAAUGGUUGGUAUCAAUUUGCAUUUGAGGAUUGUUGAUAAAGGGAAUGAGGCUUGUGGUUGAUGAUUUGCAUGGAGUCAUUGGUAAUUGAUACAGGGGACUAAAGGAAAAUUACUUGGUUCCAUGCCAUGGUAUUACUUAGGAGAAGUUUUCCACGUAGUGUAUAGCACGAUGGACUAAAUGUCUUUAUCGACCAUUAUGAGAAUUGCAUUCUAAGAUGUACUCAUACGAUGGAAAUCAUAAACAUAUGCAGCG